UCAAACAAACGCAUUGAAUGAAGUAAAACCUUAAUAUUUUUUAGAACUGUAAAAGCAACUUGACCUUUAACACACUUUUUCUUCGGCAUCUUUCAUUAAGAUAUUUAAUCAUUAAUCAUCAUAUUAUUGGCGUUUGUCUUCAAACCUCAAACCACCAUGCUACAUUCGUACUGUAUAACAGCAAUAAAACCAAAAUCCAUUAUUAGAACUUACAUUAUAUAACUUAGAGCCACACAUUACUUUGACUUUGUAAGUCAUGGGGGGAGCAACUAACUACAUGUACAUAAACUCCUUGUUUACUUUUGUGUUUAGCAGUUGCCUUAUUUAUUGAUAUGAUUUGUGUACUUAACAAGAAAUUUGAAUGUUUACACUAGACCUCAUCAACAGAACGGUCAUCCUCAUCCAACUGAAUUUAUCAAAAUAGAAAAAAAAGAUAUUAGUCAGUAAUUGUUAUUUAGUCCUGCGACAGACUGGCGACCGGUCCAGGAGGUACCCUGCCUCUCGCCCAUAGCCAUCUGGGAUAGGCUCCAGCACCGGGAUUAAGCAGUAGAAGAUGGAUGGAUGAAUGGAUGUUGUUAUUUAUUAACCAACUGGAUUGCAGCACAGCCAGUCUAAGCAGCAUGGAGAGCCUGUCCACUCAACCCGUCCAGAAACAUCCAGUGCUAGGACCCUGAUGGAGAUUGGAACCCGUCGGAUCUUCACCAAGGACCAUGAUCUCUUCAGGCAAAAUGUUCGACGCUUCUUUCAAGAAGAAGUCAUUCCAUAUCACAGCGAGUGGGAGAAUGCCGGUCAGGUAAGCAGGGAAUUGUGGGAAAAGGCUGGAGAGCACGGCAUGCUGGGAAUAUUGAUACCAGAGGAGUGUGGCGGUGUGGGAGGAGACGUGUUCUCUGCUGCUGUCAUGUGGGAGGAGCAAAUGUAUGCCAAUUGCUCAGGGCCAGGUUUCCCUCUGCACUCGGACGUUGUCAUGCCCUACAUUAGCAACUACGGCAGCAAGGAGCAGAUUGAACGUUUCAUUCCCAAAAUGGCUGCUGGGAAAUGCAUUGCAGCUAUUGCCAUGACAGAACCUGGAGCAGGCAGUGAUCUUCAAGGUGUGAAGACCAAUGCCAAGAGGGACGGCAGUGACUGGAUCCUGAAUGGCAGCAAGGUGUUCAUCACAAACGGUUGGAUGGCCGACCUGGUAGUGGUGGUGGCUGUGACCAACCGUGAUGCAAAAACCGCAGCACAUGGCAUCAGCCUGUUUUUGGUGCAGGAUGGCACAAAGGGCUUUCAGAAAGGACGCAAGCUUGAGAAGAUUGGUCUGAAGGCACAGGAUACGGCUGAACUGUUUUUUGAGGAUGUGCGCCUCCCAGCUGAUAUGCUUUUGGGGGAACUCAACAAGGGUUUCUACUAUCUAAUGAACGAACUGCCACAGGAACGCCUGGCUAUUGCCGCCAUGGCUAUAGCGAGCUGCGAGUUCAUGUUUGAAGAAACCAGGAAUUAUGUGUUGCAGAGGAAAGCAUUCGACAAAACAAUCGCUCACCUACAGACUGUGCAGCACAAGCUGGCAGAGCUAAAGAUGGAGAUCUGUGUGGGUAGAGCAUUCAUUGAUAACUGCAUUCAGCUCCACGCGGAGAAGCACCUGGAUGCUCCAACGGCCUCCAUGGCAAAGUGUUGGGCGUCUGAUCUCCAGAACAGUGUAGCUACAAGGUGCCUGCAACUCCAUGGUGGGUGGGGCUACAUGUGGGAAUACCCCAUCGCCAGGGCGUUUGUGGACGCCCGCGUUCAGCCCAUCUACGGAGGCACCAACGAGAUCAUGAAAGAGCUCAUUGCCCGUAACAUUGUCAACCAGAAGUGAGACAUUUGAGUGUGUAUGUUAGAGGAUCACAGGUGAAUGUGGGCAGCUUGGCGCAGAAGUGGACUCCUUUUUUUCGGGAAAAAGUUAAAGCAUGAAUGUGGUCAGUGCAGAAUGUGAUUAAGGACAUAAAGGUUGUGAAAGACAGAAAUGGUGGAAAGUUAAAUUCAUUAACAAUAAACAGGAUUUUGACAAUA